ACUUGUCAGUUUUCCGGUCUACCGUCUACUUUAUCCCGUACCUAUUGUUUAUAUUUGUGUGAUUUAAAAAAGAAAGCUAAAUUUUUACAUCAGAAGUCUAUUGAGAAGAUUCUGAGCUUGUGACUUACAUAUUAUCAUAACAAACAAUUGUAUUGUUAAUCAUUUAACGCAAAAAAAAUUGAGUCAUCCCAGCCGGUACCUUCGCGUUGCAUUUUCACAAUAAAUAUGAGCAAAAAAGGGUCUAAUAAAAAACAAAAUGAAAGAAAAACCCAUCAUCCUGCAUCGUCUUCGAAGUCAUCAUCAUUUUUCCUGACUGGAAAAGUAUUCUUUCUAUUAUCAAUCCUGUCGGCGUUAGCAUCAUUCUAUGUAUACAAGAUUCUCACUACACCUCCGGACUUGCCUGCUUUGGACUUAGAACAGUGGUGGGGACCGUACCCAAUCAAUCAGAAACGGGACUUGUCUAUAAGGCCAUUUGAAAUAGAGUUCUCGGACAUUAUAGUCAAUGAUCUCAGAGAGCGCCUACUCCACCGUCGUCCCUUCGUUCCUCCUCUAGAAGAUGCCGGGUUCACAUACGGAUUCAACUCCAACUUCCUAAACAAAGUGCUGGACUACUGGCAGAACAACUACAAUUUUAAAGAGAGAGAGCGGUUUCUCAACCAAUAUAACCACUUCAAGACGAAUAUACAAGGGCUGGAUGUACAUUAUAUUCAUGUGAAGCCAAGAACUGAAAUAAGUGUUAAGGUGAUCCCGCUUCUGAUGUUGCACGGCUGGCCGGGGUCGGUCCGGGAGUUCUACGACGUGAUCCCACUUCUGACCAGACUGAGGCACGAGUACAAGUUUGUGUUCGAGCUUAUAAUACCCAGUCUGCCCGGAUAUGGCUUCUCUCAAGCACCAGUCCGUCCCGGAUUCGGUCCCUUGGAAGCGGCCACGCUGCUGCGCAACUUGAUGCACCGCAUCGGACACAAACAGUACUACAUCCAGGGCGGGGACUUCGGACACGUCAUAGGAAGUGUCAUGGCCACCGUGUUCCCGGGGGAGGUGCUGGGGUUCCACACGAAUAGUCCUUUGUUGAUGGCGCAUCCGUUGGUCAACAUCUACACGGUGUUAGGGUCGCUGUGGCCGCGCGCGGUCGUGGCGGCGGAGCUGCAGCCGCGCAUGUUCCCGCUGCGCGACCACCUCGCCGCCGCGCUGGAGGAGACCGGCUAUCUGCACAUACAGGCCACCAAACCUGACACUAUUGGGCUAGCCCUAACAGAUUCUCCGUCUGGCCUCGCGGCGUACAUUCUCGAGAAAUUCUCCACUUGGACAGACUUUGACAACAAGCGAGCCUGGGACGGGAGACUAAUAGACAAAUACUCGUUGAACGAUCUGUUGGACAACGUGAUGGUGUACUGGGUCAGCAACAGUAUCACGACCAGCAUGAGACUGUACGCUGAGACGUUUAAUAAAAGGAAUUUAGCUCUGAAAAUGGAUAUGAUACCCACGUCGGUGCCGACAUGGGGCAUCAAAUUCAAGACGGAGAUAGCCUAUCAGCCGGACUCGUUCCUCAGGCUGAAGUACAGCAGCUACCUGCACAGCACCGUGGUGGAGGACGGCGGACACUUCGCCGCGCUCGAGAACGCCGCCAUACUCAGCGACGAUGUGUUCGAGGCCGUCGACACAUUUAUACAAUUCCACGGUGUUAACAAUAUAUUACAACCAGAAACUCAAGGGAACCCUGACACAGCAGAAUCAAUAUACGAAUUCAUAGUGAGAGACCUGCAAGGGAACGACGUGAAACUAGACAAAUAUAGAGGCAAAGUUGUACUGAUAGUUAAUGUUGCCUCCCAAUGCGGCCUCACCGACAAAAACUAUCUACAACUCAACGAACUAUAUGACAAAUACUCGGAAAAGGGCUUAAGAAUACUAGCCUUCCCAUGCAAUCAAUUUAAUGGUCAAGAACCAGGAAGCCAUAGACAAAUAUUUAGUUUCACAAAAGAGCGCGGCGUACAAUUCGAUGUGUUCGAAAAAGUUGAUGUGAACGGUGCAAAUACUCACCCUCUAUGGGCGUUCUUGAAACGUACACAAAGCGGUACCUUCGGUGACUUUAUAAAGUGGAGUUUUUCGAAAUUUGUCAUCGACAAGUCUGGUGUGCCCGUUGAGAGGUUCGGGCCUAACGUUGAUCCCAAAGACUUGGAGCCGGAAUUAUUAAAAUACUUGUAAUUUUUCUAUGGAAGAGAAUAUCAUUUUGAAUUUGUCUCAAUGAUUUUUAUGUCGAAAUAAUAAGUGCUCAAUAUUAAUAAAUUAAUUGAGGUCUGUACAUAUCUAUACUAAUAUAAGGGAUGUUUUAAAUUAUUUUGUAUGUAUAUAUUUGUCUUUAGGGUAAUAAUAGUCAGUCACAACUUAAGUACAGUAAGAAUGUUUGCUUCCUAAUUUCAAAUUUAAUCAAAAUGGUAAUAGUAAUAAUUUUUACGUGGUACGCAGUGAAAACUUUAACUUUUGUAUCACGUACGUUUUUAUUUCAAUAAAAUAUUUAGUGCGGAAGCAACCACUAUAUUAUCACUUUAUAUUUUCAAUUGUUUUUAUUUUUCUUAAUAUAAAUAUUUUUGCAUGACCUCAUAACAAAUAAUGAUAUUAAAUAUAUAUGGUUUUUUGCGUCUUGUAAUCAUUCUUGAAUAUUUGAAAUUGUAAAUGUUAUUUUGUUUAUGUCUUGGAAAAAAAGUACCUUAGUUGUAAGAAACGAUUUAAGAAAAUAGUGCAAGUGCGUAAACGUUAAUACAGAAUAAUCAAAAAAGAUUUUUUAAAUGUUUUUAUUAAUAAAAUUAUAAAAGUACAA